AUGUGGAAGAAAUUGGUGGAAAAGUCCCACAAUGAAGAGCUCACCAAUGAGGAGAUGCAAGAAAUUCAGCAGGAAAGAGCAACAACUUCGCAGCUCAGGAAUCUUGCUACAGAGGAGGAAGAGGAUGGAAGAGGUGGCCCUUCUUCAGAAAUAAAGGAGUUUUAUAUGUGGAAUAUCUGCAUCAGUAGUCGGGGUCUGAGUGCUGCAGCUCUGGCUCAGAUUGAGGCUGCUGCAGAGUUCAACUGGGAAGACUACCUCAUAGAGACUAACUCAGUACCAUCUCCGGCCAAGUGUUAUAAACAGCACAAGAUACCCCCAAAGAAUGAAUUCAGGAUUGGGAUGAAACUUGAAGCUUUGGAUCCACGAAAUCUGACUUCAACAUGUAUUGCUACAGUAGUUGGCACUCUGGGCCCUAGGCUGCGCCUAAGACUUGAUGGGUCAGAUAAUAAAAACGAUUUCUGGCGUCUUGUAGACUGUAACAAUGAAAUUCAUCCCAUUGGCCACUGUGAAGAGCAUGGUGGGAUGCUACAGCCUCCUCUUGGUUUCCGGAUGAAUGCGUCAUCUUGGCCAAUGUUCCUUCUUAAGACUCUACACAAUGCUGAAGUCUCUCCUCCUCAUAUAUUUCGUACCGAGCCACCAACACCACCAAAAAAUUAUUUUGAAGUAGGCAUGAAACUGGAGGCUGUAGACAAAAAGAAUCCUCAGCUUAUCUGCGCUGCAACAGUAGGUGCUGUGAAUGGUGACAUGAUUCACGUGACCUUCGAUGGCUGGCGAGGAGCAUUUGACUACUGGUGUCGGUAUGACUCGAGAGACAUAUUUCCAGUGGGUUGGUGUGCUAUGUCUGGUCAUCCACUACAACCUCCUGGACAGAUGUGGGGUCCUCCAAGCAGCAGGUACAAAGCCAGAGUACUGAAUAUUCCCCCACCUCUGGCAGGACCAUCAUCUAAAUCCCCAGAAAUAAUCCCGGAGAAAAGCCCCUCAUCAUCAGGAGCUUCACCCUCUAAGUCUGGGAGUCGCAGCAGACACCGGUCAUCUUCCCCACCAAUCAGCCCCACUUUAUCUCACCAAACUACUCCCUCCAAGUCACAGAGCUCAUCUUCUGGCAAGCCAUCAUCACCUUCUAAAACAUCCGCUAACAAAUCAUCAGCGUCAUCCUCAUCCUCAACAUCGUCAUCAUCAUCAUCAUCAUCAACAACAGCCAGUAAACUUUCAUCUUCAUUAUCAGCAACAGCAGCAGGUAAAAGCUCAUCAUCAUCAACAGGUAAGAACUCAUCUUCAUCAACAGCAGCAAGUAAACUCUCAUCAUCUUCAUCAACAACAGCAACAGGUAAACUCACAUCAUCAACCAAAGCAUCAUCUAAACCAUCAUCAACAUUAACAUCAGGGUCAUUAUCAUUACCUUCAUCUCCCACGAAGACCCCUGCAGGAUCAGCGGGUUCUGAGAGUAGUACCACCACCUCAGCCAUCACAGUCAGUCGGUCAGAAACAUCCACCACCAGUACUAGUACAGUAGCACCCAUAAGUUCAUCUACCAUUAAUCUAACUCAGCCUCCAGCAUCCAUAUCUCCGGAACCACCUACUUCCCCGUCAGUGUCAUCCUCCCAUAAACCAGUAACUUCGUCUUUGGGGUCCAGCAGUGGUACAGGCUCGACUGCACCAGCUUGCAUAGGACCAGAGUCAACUAAACCAGUGCAGCCACAAAAGUCCCCAAAUAUAACAGUGACUGAACCUGAUACCUCAUCUGUCCAUAAAUUAAGUGCCUCAGUCAUUGUGUAUGUUAAUCAUGGGUGUACAUGUGGUCCGUACCUGGACAGUGGUCGGGUGGGAGAACUUCCACUUCAGUUUGGUCCUGGGAGUCUCAACCGUGUUGUACGCGAGUCUAUACAAGCUCUUGUAGAUACUGCACCAGAACCUAGAACUGUUACUACCCUUCUACCUCAUGGAAAUGGCAAAGUCAUUAUCAAAACCAAUGUAGAUGGUGAGGCUGAGACACACCGCCUUCCAUCUUUAGACAAAGUGGAGGACUUCUGGAGUGUGUUAGAAACAAUGUUUGAAGAACUGAUGUGCUGUGAAAAUUUUUACACUCAAAAACCUCUGAGCCAAUGUACAAAGUGUGCACGCCAAAGUCCUGCACAAUUCAAAAGAGAACAAGAGGCUGCAAAUCAAGUUGUGAUAGGUGCAAAAAGAUCAGCUCCCAGUGAGCCAACGGAAGCUGUCACGCCCUCCAAGGUUGCUAAGCCAGUUAUACAAGAGCCAUCCCCUUCCUCGAUGAGCGAGCCGGGCCAGAGUCCCCGGCCCCGUGGUGACCCGGCCGAGUGGACCGUUGAGGAAGUCAUCACACACAUUGCCAACACUGACCCCGCACUAGCCACCCAUGCUGAUCUGUUCAGACGACACGUUAGUUAGCCGUGCUGUUUUCUU